CCUCCGCUUCUUCCGUCAUGCCCUAACCGAACCUUCGCCUCCUCCUUCGGUGGUUGCCUGCUUUGCGAAGCUUCCUGCCGGUUUUCCAGUCACCUUUCUCCUUUCCGAGCCCUUGUCGCCGAUGGCUUCGCUGGUAGCCCGUCUCUAACGGAUUUUCCCGCCUAAACGAGUAUGAUCUUAUUGGAUGGAAAAUAAAUUUACAUGACGGAUUGUGCUGACUGUGAUAUGUCUGGAGCGUCAUUGCCAGCCCCCAUAAACAGUCCUGUAAUCCGCCGAGCAGGUGGUAAACCUGCUCUUUUGGAGCAAGGUAACCUGAGUGAAGGAGAAGCAUUACCAUUAUCAGCUGAGAUUAUUGACUUGAAGAGUGGGAAUGUACUUAUGCAUGGAGCUGCCAUUACACCAUCCCCUGUCCUCUUAUGGAGAUUAAAGGUUUUUCUUUUCCUUGCUUGGGGAUUCAACUGUUGCAAGAUCAGUUGGGACUCUGUUAUGAGAAUGAGUGCUGAUCUUCAAGAUCUAUUCCUAUAUGAGGCAUUUCUUUAUUAUAAUCCUCUUCUUCUUGUGACAUUUACAGUAUUUCUUUGGGGAGUGAAUUUAUGGAUUUUCAGUCAAUCAUCAGUGAGCUACUCAAACGUAUUUGAUCUUAACCACAAUUAUCUUACUCACCGGGAAAUUUUCAAAUGUGCUACAUGGAUGGCCAUUGUGGUUCCAACAAGUAUGACUGCUUAUUUGUAUCUUUACUCUCAUGGCGAAGUCUCAUUAGCUGCAUCUCAACCAGUUAUCUUAUAUGCUAUUUUCGUGAUGGCUUUCAUCUUUCCUUUUGAUAUUUUCUACCUAUCUUCUCGUUACUACUUCAUAAGGACAUUAUGGCGUAUCAUUCUUCCACUACAGGCAAUAUCUUUUGCUGACUUCUUCUUGGCUGAUAUUCUCACGUCAAUGUCUAAGGUGCUCUCCGAUCUGGAGCGGUCUGUUUGUCGGAUGGUAAACCAUCAGGUUGCUACCAUUGCAUGGUUUGAAGCUGAUUCCAUAUGUGGAAGUCAUUCUAUUGCAAUCCCUUUAGUCCUGGUCUUUCCUUACUUGUGCCGCUUUUUCCAAUGUUUGCGUCAAUACAUGGAUACAAAAGAAAGAUCCUCUCUUUUGAAUGCUCUGAAGUACUCGACGGCAGUCCCGGUGAUAUUUCUGUCCGCUCUCAAAUAUCAUGUUUUGCCUGUGAAGUGGACAAACUUUUAUCGUCCUCUAUGGCUCUUCUUCUGUAUCUUGAACUCAUUGUAUUCUUUCUACUGGGAUAUUACCCGAGACUGGGAUCUGAGCAUUUUCUCAUCCGUAUUCAAGUUCAGGAAUCCAAAUCUGGUCUCCCGCCUUUUGUAUGGGCGUAUGUGGGUGCACUGCUGGGUGCUCAGCAGCAAUCUGGUUCUUAGGUGCACAUGGACUUACAAGCUGUCAGCUCAUCUCCGCCACAACUACCUCACAGUUUUCGCCAUAACCGCAUUGGAAAUAUUUCGCCGUUUCCAAUGGAUUUUCUUCCGCGUCGAGAAUGAGUGGAACAAAAUGUCUUCAAGGACUAAUUCUGACGUUAAUUUGGAAGAAACAUCCACUGAGUCACGCCUGCUCGGUUCUUCUAACCAUAACGUAUAAACACACCAUGAUUUUUAGUAAGUUCCAAUAUCAAUCUAUAUAUAGAUAGAUAGAUAUAGAUAUGUUCAUUUUUCUAUUUUUCUUAUAAUCAUGGAAAACUGGGGGGCAUGGUUAUUGACACAUGUGUAAGCCAAGAUGGUCAUAUUUUCAUUAUCCUGUUUUACGAGAUGCUUA